AAACAAGGAGGUCAUUAAACAUCCAAUCACAUAAGCGAAUACUAAACAUGUCAAGCAUGCGCACUAGUCUAUGAAAUUCACGCGCUGCCUGCCGACAGCCACGACACUGGGUAGUCGAGGUCAUACUGAUCGAGGUUCAGGAUAAGGGUUACUGGUUUACAGCAAUGGCAAAGCUGUUUGAGUCCAUUGGGAAGUUGGGUCUGGCCCUGGCCAUAGGUGGUGGUGUGGUGAACUCUGCACUCUAUAACGUGGAUGCGGGCCACCGAGCUGUAAUCUUUGACCGAUUCCGAGGAGUGCAGGAGACAGUGGUUGGCGAGGGUACCCACUUUGUCAUCCCCUGGGUGCAGAAGCCCAUUAUUUUUGACUGCCGGUCCCGCCCUCGCAACGUGCCAGUCAUCACUGGAAGCAAAGACCUGCAGAACGUGAACAUCACCCUGCGUAUCCUCUUCCGCCCCGUGGCGGGCCAGUUGCCGCGCAUCUUCACCAGCAUCGGGGAAGACUACGACGAGAGGGUGCUGCCUUCCAUCACCACGGAGGUCCUCAAGUCCGUGGUGGCGCGGUUCGAUGCCGGGGAGCUCAUCACACAGAGAGAGCUGGUGUCCCGGCAGGUCAGCGAGGACCUCACGGAAAGGGCCUCCACCUUCGGCCUGAUCCUGGAUGACGUCUCUCUGACUCACCUGACGUUCGGGAAAGAGUUCACGGAGGCUGUGGAGAUGAAGCAGGUGGCACAGCAGGAGGCCGAGAGGGCGCGGUUCAUUGUGGAGAAGGCGGAGCAGCAGAAGCAGGCCGCCAUCAUCUCGGCACAGGGCGACUCCGAGGCCGCCCUGCUCAUCGCUAACUCCCUGGCCACGGCCGGCGAUGGGCUGGUGGAGCUACGCAAGCUGGAGGCGGCCGAGGACAUCGCCUUCCAGCUCUCCCGCUCCCGCAACAUCACCUACCUGCCGUCCGGCCAGGGGACGCUUCUGCAGCUGCCCCAGUGAGCCUGAGCCUGCCCCUGCCCCCACCCCACAC